AUUGGCAUGGUUUUCCAAGGUUGCGGAUAGGGGUGAACCCCAGUCCAUGGAAUUUCUUGGAGAGAUAUAUGCAGGAGGAGCUGGUGUUGAAAGGAACUACACUAAGGCACUUGAAUGGCUGACGCUUCUAGACAGCAGCUUUAUUCGGCGUAUAAUGGAAUGGGGUAUUUGCAUGUCAAGGGCUAUGAAGUGGAAAAGAAAAAUUACACCACAGAAAAAGUGUACUUUGGGAAGGCGGCUGAUAAUGAAGAGGCUAGUGAGCAUUAUAACCUUGGAGUAAUGUAUCUGAAAAGGAGUGGAGUGAAGAGAGAUGUGAAGUUAGCAUGCAAAUACUUUUUAGCGGUUGGCAAUGCGGCUCACCAGAAGGUAUUUUACCAGUUGGCAAAAAUGUUUCACGUGGGGCUUAAGCAGAAUCUACAAAUGGUAAAUUUAGUGGUAUUAAGGACCAUUUGUACCUUUGUAGUUAAUGCUAUUAUGGUACAUUUAGUGCUAUAAUGGCUCUCAUCUCAACAUGACUAUGUAAUCUCACUUUGUUUUUUGAGUAUAGAGCCCAUUUGUACCUUUGUAGUUAAUACUGUUGUAUUUAAUUUGAUUACAAGAUGGCUAAUUUCUAACUAAGGAGUACAUUGUAAAAGUAGAUUUAACUCAAAUGAAAUGUGCAUCCAGCAAACUAUACAAUUGUAAA